CUCCUCCACCUCUCCUCUUUGGGCAGAGAGGGUUGUGGCGGCGGCUGGAGAAAGCGGCGGCGGAGGAUGGAGGAAGGAGGCGGCGGCGUGCGGAAUCUGGUCCCCGGCGGGCCGGUGUUACUGGUCCUCUGCGGCCUCCUGGAGGCGUCCGGCGGCGGCCGAGCUCUCCCUCCGCUCACCGAUGACAUCCCUUUCCGAGUCAACUGGCCCGGCACCGAGUUCUCUCUGCCUGCCACUGGAGUUUUAUAUAAAGAAGAUAAUUAUGUUAUCAUGACAACUGCACAUAAAGAAAAAUAUAAAUGUAUACUUCCCCUUGUGACAAGUGGGGAUGAGGAAGAAGAAAAGGAUUAUAAAGGCCCUAAUCCAAGAGAGCUUUUGGAACCACUGUUUAAACAAAGCAGUUGCUCCUACAGAAUUGAGUCGUAUUGGACUUACGAAGUAUGUCAUGGAAAACACAUUCGGCAGUAUCAUGAAGAGAAAGAAACUGGUCAGAAGAUAAAUAUUCAUGAAUACUACCUUGGGAAUAUGUUGGCUAAGAACCUUCUAUUUGAAAAAGAACGAGAAGCAGAAGAAAAGGAAAAAUCAAAUGAGAUUCCCACUAAAAAUAUCGAAGGUCAGAUGACACCAUACUAUCCAGUGGGAAUGGGAAAUGGUACACCUUGUAGUUUGAAACAGAACCGGCCCAGAUCAAGUACUGUGAUGUACAUAUGUCAUCCUGAAUCUAAGCAUGAAAUUCUUUCAGUAGCUGAAGUUACAACUUGUGAAUAUGAAGUUGUCAUUUUGACACCACUCUUGUGCAGUCAUCCUAAAUAUAGGUUCAGAGCAUCUCCUGUGAAUGACAUAUUUUGCCAAUCAAUGCCAGGAUCACCUUUUAAGCCCCUCACCCUGAGGCAGUUGGAGCAGCAGGAAGAAAUACUAAGGGUACCUUUUAGGAGAAGUAAAGAGGAAGAUUUGCAAUCAACUAAAGAAGAGAGAUUUCCAGCAAUCCACAAACCCAUUGCUAUUGGCUCUCAGCCAUUACUCACUGUUGGAACAACCCACAUAUCCAAGUUGACAGAUGACCAACUCAUAAAAGAGUUCCUUAGUGGUUCUUACUGCUUUCACGGGGGUGUUGGUUGGUGGAAAUAUGAAUUCUGCUAUGGCAAACAUGUACAUCAAUACCAUGAGGACAAGGAUAGUGGGAAAACCUCAGUGGUUGUGGGAACAUGGAACCAAGAAGAACAUAUUGAAUGGGCUAAGAAGAAUGCUGCUAGAGCUUAUCAUCUUCAAGACGAUGGUACCCAGACAGUCAGGAUGGUGUCACAUUUUUAUGGAAAUGGAGAUAUUUGUGAUAUAACUGACAAACCAAGACAAGUGACUGUAAAACUAAAGUGUAAAGAAUCAGAUUCUCCUCAUGCUGUUACUGUAUAUAUGCUAGAGCCUCAUUCCUGUCAGUAUAUUCUUGGGGUUGAAUCUCCAGUGAUCUGCAAAAUCUUAGAUACAGCAGAUGAAAAUGGACUUCUGUCUCUUCCCAACUAAAGGAUAUUAAAGUUGGGAGAAAGGAAAGUUCUCAGCCAUUGAACCUCAUCCGAAGGGCCCUAUAAAAGGACUCUCAACCACUUUGUGAAUAUAUAUGUAUAUAUAAGAGGUUAUUGAUAAACUUCUAAGGCAAACAUUUGUCUCACUUUUUUUUAUUUUUCUGUUGUGUCUUACGAACUGAUUGUGUUUUUUCCUUGCUUGGAUAAUGUGAUUCCAAAAUAAAUCUCAUCCAAGCAAGUUAGAGUUCAGACUAACCAAAUGUCAUAAUCACUGUACCUAUUAAAAGUUUUAAAAUAAUAUUAUGUAAAUUAUAAUAUAUAUACAUAUAUAUAUAUAUAACUAGCUAAUGAAGUAAAGAUAAUGAAGAAAGAAACUGGUAGGUUGUUUAAAUGAGAGACCAUGUAAAAUAUGUAAAUUCUAGUGCCUGAAAUCCUUUCAAGAAAUUUUUAUCUACCAACUGCGCUCUCUACCAGACAUUAAACUAGAAACUGGGGACAUCA